AUGGCUGAAGGGGUUGGCCUUCUGGCAUCACGCUUCCUUAAGUUUGUGGAAAAGACUGGUCAUAUAACAGUGGGGGAAGAGGCUGCGUAUGCUCCUCCACCCCCAGGCCAAUCACGACUUGAGGGAAGACAAGCUGCACACAAAGCUUCCUUCACCCUGCCUCUGCCCUGUCCAUUUAAAGUUUUGGCAACUGAAACCAUAAAUAGAAAGGCAUUAGAUGCAGAUAUAUACAAUGCAAUUCCAACUGAAAAGGUGGAUGGAACCUGCUGUUAUGUAACAACAUAUAGAGGGCAGCCAUAUCUCUGGGCCAGGUUGGAUAGAAAACCCAACAAACAAGCUGAGAAAAGGUUUAAAAAAUUCUUGUAUUCAAUGGAAGACUCAAAAGAAUUUAUUUGGAAUAUGGAUGAAGACUUUAAACCUGUCCCAGAAUGCUGGAUUCCAGCUAAGGAAAUCCAGCAAUCCAGUGGGAAUCCUUUACCCGAUGAAAAUGGACACAUUCCAGGUUGGGUGCCAGUGGAGAAAAAUAGCAAACAAUAUUGCUGGCAUUCAUCUGUUGUUAACUAUGAGGCUGAAAUAGCUCUUAUAUUGAAGUGCCAGGCUGAUGAUCCUGGACUCUUGGAGAUCAGUUCUGUGCCAUUAUCAGACCUUUUGGAACAAACACUGGAACUCAUUGGAACUAAUAUUAAUGCAAAUCCAUAUGGCUUAGGAAGUAAGAAGCACCCUAUCCAUCUUCUUGUACCACAUGGAGCAUUUGAAAUAAAGAAUCCGCCUAUACUGAAGCACAGUGAUAUAUUAUCUUGGUUUGAAGGCUGCAGAGAGGGCAAAAUUGAAGGAAUUGUAUGGCAUUGUAACGAUGGACAUUUAAUCAAGCUUCAUCGACAUCAUCUUGGAAUGUGCUGGCCAAUAGAAGAGACACAUCUGAAUUCUCAGCCAGUUGUCAUUGCUGUUAAUAGGACCAAAUAUGACUGUGAAUUUGAACCAAAGUGUUUGUUUAACCAUUUUUCAAAGCUGGAUGGUCAAAGGUUCUGCAGACUCAAAGAUAUAAAGUUUGAUGUUUAAAAAGAAGAAUCAGUCUUGUCACACUUGGCUGCCAUAUGUACUUUUGUACCACCUUCUCCUGCUUUGGCCUACAAUAUAAAUGGAUAUUUUUGCAAAUAACUGUGGCAUAGGUAGCUCUGUAGCUACUGUGUUUGCCAUAAAUAUAAUCAGUAAUAUGAAGCAAAUGAGCAGUCAAGCAAAACCAAAAUGUGUCUAGGUUUCAGCACAUUUCGGUUUUGAAAGCUCCUUAACUGUUGACGCUGUUAGUGCUACGUAUAAGGAGGACAGAGUUUAAUAUUAGCUGCUCCCAGUGGCUAG